AAGAAGAAAGUGGUCAAAAUGGUGUCUGUGGUUUUGAUCAUCUUCGUGCUCUGCUGGACACCUCUUCAGACCAUCAUUCUAUACGAUUUCGUCCGUGCUAAUAACAAUUCGUUGCCGGAGUGGUUUUCGGUCGUGGAGUUCUCGGCCUAUUUCGUGGCCUAUUCCAACUCGGCUUUGAACCCAAUUAUAUAUUGCGGUUUCAACGCCAAUUUCAGGCAGGGUCUCGUUUCUCUCCUGACUUGCAGACGUUCAUCCACGGGCAGAAUAUACCAUCAACGUUGGACAACUAAAUGGACCGUUGGCCAUGACAGGAUGGAUCUCCCAGGGAGUAACUGCAAGGGCAUAACCAUAGGCACCAGGGAAACGACCGUAGGGCUCUCCGGCCCAGAACCUGCUGUCCUGCUAGAAUUCAACUCCCUUCGGAACAGCAGGUGA